AUGGAGUGGCAAGUCAUAGAGUUCCAGAUUCCAGGCAGGAUUACAAAAUUCAAUUCUAGUUAUACCUUCAAUGGCUUUCUUACAGAUUUGCAUCCAUUGUUGCAAAAAAUGGCGGAAGAAAUAAUAGAUGGAAGCUAUCUGAAUGCAUUACUGGAUCUCAUACAGUUUCAAAGCUCCCAUGGGUGGACGGCAGACCUGUCCCACAGAGUCCUGGCCUAUCUGAAUUCACGGAAUGUUGCCUUCACCAUCCCCAGCCUGCAGGCAGCUGUGGAACACCACCUGGAGCAGCGUCUGUAUCAGCCGCAGAAGCUGCUGGAGGACCUGAGGGAAACAGAUGCUCAGCAAUUCUGCACCGCCAUGAAAUGCCUCUUAGAAGACAAGAAGGACCUCUUGGAGCUGGAAGACAUUGUUAUUGAUUUGAGAGAGAUCCGGAAACAAGCCUUCCAGAGCCCUGGUGUGAACCGCAGCCUGUUUCUCAUCACACUGGAGAGGUGUUUCCAGUUGCUGAACUCGCUGGAGUGUGUGGAGAUCCUGGGCAGGGUGCUGAGGGGCUCCUCAGGCAGCCUUCUGCAGCCGGACAUUGCAGAGAAGCUCCCCCAGGACCUGUGUGAGGAUGCCUUCAAGAACCUAUCUGCGGUGUUCAAAGAUCUCUACGACCAAACCUCGGCUCAUUCCCAGAGAGCUCUCUACUCCUGGAUGACUGGGAUUUUGCAGACGUCCUCCAAGGCUACUGACGACUCUGUUUCAUGGGUCAGUGCAGAAAACUUAUGGAUUUUGGGAAGAUACAUGGUUCACCUAUCAUUUGAAGAAAUUGUGAAAAUUAGUCCUGUAGAAAUUAGGCUGUUUAUCAGCUAUGACAAUACCACCAAGCUGCUGGACACGGUUUACGACAUCACACCCGAACUGGCCCGGGCAUUCCUGGAGAGGAUCAGCUCCUCCAGCUUUGACAUGAGGAAUACCUCCACCAUCCACAGGUCAUUAUCAUCUGAGCUCAAAGCCGACCUCCUGGACAUCGCCACGGAGAACCAGACCCUCAAUGAGACUCUGGGCUCUUUGUCAGAUGCGGUUGUGGGCUUGACCCACAGUCAGCUGGAAUCCCUCUCCCCCGAGGCUGUGCAUGGCGCCAUCUCUACCCUCAACCAGGUCUCAGGCUGGGCCAAGAGCCAGGUCAUCAUCUUGUCGGCCAAAUACUUGGCCCAUGAGAAGGUGCCGUCUUUCUACAGUGUCAGCCAGAUGGGCGUGCUGCUGGCCGGGGUUGGCACCCGGGCCUUCUAUGGCAUGGAUUGCAGGGACCUCUUGCAGGUCCUGAGAAGCACGGUCUCCUUGCAUGUGUCCAACUUGUCACCUGCCCAGAAGCAAGGUGUCCUCAGCAAGAUGAUUGAAGCAGGAGAUACUACCUCAGGCAUUGUGGAAAUACAAGGGGCUUUCUUUAAGGAGGUGUCUCUUUUUGAUUUACGGAGGGAACCCGGAUUUAACACUACAGUCCUAAAGGAAAAGGAGCUUCGAAGGAGUCAGGCCUUGUUCCUGUAUGAGCUUCUGUCAAAGUCGACCAGAAGGCCCGAGGAGCUCCUGAGCACCGGGCAGCUGGUCAAAGGCGUGACGUGCUCCCACAUUGAUGCCAUGAGUGUGGACUCCUUUCUGGCCCAUUUCCACUAUUUUGAGAACAACCUCUCCCUGCUCUCACCCUAUCAGGUUAAUUGUUUGGCGUGGAAAUACUGGGAGGUCUCCAGAUCCUCUAUGCCACCUUUCCUCUUGACUGCACUCCCGGCUCACUACCUGGCUUCUGUCCCAGCUUCCCAGUGUGUGCCCUUUCUGAUCAACCUGGGGAAGAGUCAGUUGGACUCCUUGGUUUUAGAUUCCCACAAAAAGAAUUCAGUCCUUAGGAAGGUACAGCAGUGCCUGAACAACUCCACUGCUGACGAGUACGCGGUAGACAUCAUGGGCAAACUGCUCUGCCACUUGCCAGCAGCCGUCCUCCACCGCGGUGUCUCUGCCCCGGCCUGGGCCACAGCCCUGCACGGGCUCAGAGACUGCCCAGACCUCAGCCCCGAGCAGAAGGCUGCCGUGAGGCUCAGGCUCCUGGAACAGCGCGGACUUCCCCAGAACUGGACGGCUGAGACGACAAAGGACUUGGGACCCUUUCUAGUACUUUUUUCAGGAGACGAAUUAAGCUCUAUUGCCACAAAGGCUAAAUCUAUUCUGCAAGGGUUCCUGGAGGAUUCAGGCUACAGUAUCCAGGAUCUGAAGAGCUUCCACUUAGUAGGACUUGGUACAACGCUGUGUACUAUGAACGUCACCGAAAUCUCACUCAUAAAGAUCUCAGAAUUCAGGGUGGUGGUGGCCAGAAUCGGGACCCUGCUCUGUAGCAUCCAUGUCUUGGCCGAGUUUAAGAGGAAGGCAGAAGUUGUGUUUGGGGAUCCCACCCAAUGGUCCAGCUCUGUCCUGCAGGAGCUCGGGACUAUUGCAGCUGGAUUAACGAAGGAAGAGCUCCAAAUGCUGGACAAGGAUUUGAUGCCGUAUUUCCAGCCAUCAGCAAUCAAAUGCCUUCCUGAUGAGAUAUUCAAAGAGCUGUCCAUGGAGCAGAUCGCCUCUUUGGGCCCCGAGAACGCCGCGGCGGUGACUCCAGCCCAGCGCCGGCAGCUGAGCAUGUUGCAGCUGCAGAGCCUCCAGCGGGCGCUAGAUGGCGCCAACACGCGCUCCUGGCUGGACACGCCCCCGAGCGCCAGUCCCACCCGGACCCCCUCCUCUGGUUCUCCUCCUGGAGGCCCUGUCACAUGGGGUCCUUGGCUUGGCUGUCCUCUGCUGGUUCUCCUGCCCAAGACCGUGUGGUGAGCAGCACGUGCGCAUGGCCCUUCAGUGUCCAAGCAGCGGGCCCCGGUGUGUGGAAACAGAGGCACUCCAGACUGUGAGACCCCCUACCCCCACCCACAGCCUCCACUGGGGCAGGGAGCCCCCAGGGCCUGGAAAUUUAACACUGAAUGGAAGAAUAAUUAUUAAAAAUGAUCUUAAAAAGUUCUUAAGCUGGCCUGUAUCCUCAGCAGAGAGCCAUUCUCUGCCCUGUUUCAGCCUCUCUUGCUUUCCAGCUUGGGGACAGAGAAACUGUGGGGAGGGAAGGAUGUUUUCUGUCAACAGCAUGAGGAUCUUAUGUACAAGUCACUGCCCUCCCUCCAGAGAGAGAUGCCAGGGGGUGGCAGGUGUUGGCAAAGGCACCAUUUUAGAUGGGGCCUGAUCUGGCUUCUUCUCUGGCUUAACGUCCCUCCCUUGGAGCUAUAGGCUGCAUUGGAUU